AUGACUCGCGAGAAUCGCCCUUUCGGUCUAAAUGACAUAGUCGCCGCGUUGCAAAAGUCACAUGGGAAGGCGGCCGUCUCAAAAGCUGUCGACGAGUUGGUACUUGAGAAUUCGCUAGUUGAGAAAGUUAAUGGAAAGCAGAGGGUAUUCGUUGUACCACAGGACAAACUUCCCCAACCUGACAGUGACGAACUAAAGGAUCUGGAUAAUGAGAUCAUCAACCUUUCUAACGAUCUGCAGAAGCUCAAGGAACAGGUUAGAACGGCGGAGUCAGAUUUGAAGGUGGUUCAGUCAAGUCUAUCCCUUGAAGAGGCAAUAGAGCGUAACGCCAUAGUGGAAUCCAAGAUAGAAGAAAUUAGGAAGUCGAUUGCCGCCUACGGCUCAGGAGUCAAAAUUACUCCUGAAGAAUUUACAAAGGCCCACGAAAAGCAGAAGGCAGCUGUCUCCGAAUGGCGGAAGAGGAAACGACUGGCUAUGGAUAUUGUUGAUGCCAUUGCCGAGGGAUAUCCCAAAAGUCGCAAGCAGCUUAUGGAGGAUAUUGGUAUUGAAACAGAUGAAGACCGAGAGCUCUCACUUGCCAGUUUUGUUUAA